AUAAAUUCUCAAGGGGAAGUAAUAGUAAGACAGAGAUUUUUGGAUUUAAUUUUCCCUGAAAACAGUAGCCCACAACUUAUGUCUCCAUGCAGAAUCCUCUAUUUUCAAAUGUGAAUGAUGAGCCCUGGAAAAUAACUGAAUGACCUCCAUGGAUUUGAAAAUUGGAAUAGUCCUCCUGGUCCAAAUUAUUAUUGGAAUCCUGGGAAAUUUUUCACUUUUAUAUCAUAUAUCCCUCUACUUCAAUGGAGGUAGGUCAAGAUGCACAUACAUGAUCUUCAAGCACUUGACUAUAGCCAACACUUUGGUCAUUAUCUCCAGAGGAAUCCCAGAGACAAUGGUAGCUUUUGGGUUGAAACAUUUUCUCAAUGGUUUUGGGUGCAAAGUUGUUUUCUAUGUUCACAGAGUGGCCAGGGGUGUGUCCAUUGGUAUCACCUGUCUUUUGAGUGUCUUCCAGGCCAUCACUAUCAGCCCCAGGAACUCCAGGUGGGCAAAGCUUAAAGUAAAAGCACUAAAGUACAUUGGUCCCUCCAGUAUACUCUGCUGGAUCCUGAACAUGCUGGUAAAUAUCAUAGUGCUUACGCGUGAGACUGAAAAAUGGAGUAACAAAAACAUCACAACAACUAUAGAUUUUAAAUACUGUUCAGCUACACUUUGUGACAAAGGCACAGCCUUACUAAAUGCAGUACUCGUAUCCACCCCUGGUGUUCUGUGCUUGGGACUCAUGACCUGGGCCAGUGUCUCCAUAGUUUUCCUUCUGUGUAGGCACAAGCAGAGGGUCCAACACAUUUAUAGGAAUAAUAUCUCUCCUAGGUUCUCCUCUGAGACCAGAGCUACCCAAAUCAUCCUUGUCCUGGUGAGCAUCUUCGUAUGUUUUUAUACCUUCUCCUCCAUCAUUUACAUUUAUUUUUCUUUUUCUGGUAAGAGUACUAGGUGGCUGGUGAACACUUCUGCCUUAAUCAAUUCAUGUUUCCCAACCGCCAGCCCGCUUAUUCUCCUGAGUUGUAACCCCUCUGUAUCCAGGCACUUCUGUGCAUGCACUAGAAGAAAUACACUAUUGCCUCAUCUCGUCAGAAAAAUAUAAAUUGUGUGUUUUUCACCAUGUUCAGUCAUUGAUUUACUCAUCCCCAACAGAAUCUCAUACACAAUCACAAGCCAGUCUC